AUGGCAUCUGUGCAGGUCGUGAUCAUUGGUGCUGGAGUAUCUGGACUUACCGUUGCCCACUCUUUACUUCGAGAAGUGUCGGAUAUCAAGGUCGUCCUCAUCAACCCUUCUCAGUCAUUCUACUGGAAUAUCGCGUCCCCACGCAUCAUCGCCAAACCAAAUGCCUUCCAACAUGAGCAAUACCUCAUUCCGAUCCGGGAUGCCUUCGCCGCAUACCCGCAACAUACGUUUGAAUUUCUUGCCGGGGCCGCCAUCGCCAUCAAUGUGACAGGACAGACUGUGGCCGUGAGACUCAAUGAGAGCAGUGACACUCGAGAUAUUCCUUUCGAUCAUCUCGUCAUUGCAUCGGGCAGUACGAAUCCGUCGUCUACAGGGAUUGUUACUGAAACGCCUAUUCCGUUAAAGCCUUCCAACCGCGAUGAUCUUCUAGAAGUGAUCGAAAAUGCCCAGAGAGUAAUCGCUGAUGCGAAAGAAAUCGUGGUCGGCGGUGCCGGUCCCGUGGGUGUCGAAGUCGCUGGAGAGCUGGCCGAAGCCCUGGCCGGCCAGGCGACCAUCACUCUGGUCUCAUCCAUGGAUCGUGUGUUGCCCAUGCUCAAGCCCGCGGCCAGUGCUAUGGCCGAAUCGAAGCUGCAGCAAUUUGGGGUGAACAUCCUCACCUCCGUUAAGGUAACCAAGGUGCAGCCGUCCACCGAUUGCAGUCAGACCUCCAACGUCGUGUUGAGUGAUGGGACAAAGCUGUCCGCCGACCUGUACAUUCCUACCACCGGGGCUAUCCCAAACAAUAACUUCAUUCCAGCCGAACUGCUCGACAAAAAUGGAUGGGUCAACGUGAACGAGGAACUGCGCGUGCAGUCCGCAAACGGCUCCGUAUUACCAAUAUACGCUCCCGGGGAUAUCAACACGAAUGAUAUGCGCCUCUACUUCAAAGCGGCCGCCCAAGCUAAGGUUGCUGCCGCCAAUGUUGCGGCUGACAUCCAGGGUAAGGGCGGGCGGAAGACGUAUGACCAAGGCGAGAAAGUUCUAAUGAUGGUACCUGUAGGCGAAACGGGUGGGACGGGCCAGAUGUUUGGUUUUGUGAUUUUUAACUUCAUGGUGAAACUUGUCAAGGGAAGGGAUUACUUUAUAUACAAGGCACCUCAAGCGGUGGCUGGUAAAGGGUGA